UCCCUUGUUGGAUGGACCCUGGAGUCCCGGUGUCGCCUUCUACGUUCUCAAACCCCUCUUUUGCUUCACUUCUUUUACCUGUUUCCACCAUCUCCCCUCUCUGUAAUGUGGUAAUCCUUUUGCUAUUUACACACUUAUCUGGUCUCACUUUCAUAAUUUCUUCCUCUCUGCUUCUCAUCUUAAUUAUAUCAUACAUAUCAGUCAAAAGACGCAUUUGCUCUCACCCUCUCUCUCUCUCUUCUCUCUGAGCAUAUUCAGCUUCAAGUGACUGGAAUUCAGAUCUGUGGAUCACCUAAGCGAUGGCCGAAAAGGUUUCAACAAUGGUGCUCCAUGUUGACCUUGGAUGCCCUCGCUGCUACAAGAAGAUCAAGAAGGCACUAAGUAAAUUCCCCGAAAUACGAGACCAGAUAUUCGAUGAGAAACAAAACAAGGUGACCAUUACUGGUUACUUUUGUCCUCACAAGCUCGCCAAGAAGCUAUGCUGUAAAGCCGGGAAGUCCAUCAGAAGCUAUGAGAUCAAGGAAGAUGAUAAGAAGAAAGAACCAGAAAAGCCCAAGCCGAAGCCAGCCGAUCCUCCUAAAUCGGACAACAAGCCUCCUGCCGCCGAUAAGCCCUCCAAAGACAAAGUGGCUCCUAAUCCAAAACCCGACCCACCACCACCCAAGCCCAAGGAAACUAAACCGGCUACCAAAGCGGCCGAACCGGAUUCAAAACAACCUGGGCCUGCUACCAAGACACCGGCAGGUCCGGCACCAGAGACGAAGCCGAAGAUGCCUCCUGAACCACAACCUCCAGUGAUGGUAUACCCACCUGGGCCACCCGGCCCGGCAUUUGGGGUCUGUUGUACCACAUGCUACCAUGGCUAUGAAGGGGGACCCUGCUAUCAUGGUUAUGGCGGGAUGCCUCCACCAUACUACCAUGGAGGAAUGAGGGGUGGUUAUUACGUAACUCGCUGUGAUUACUUCAGUGAAGAAAACCCAACAGCAUGUGUUAUCAUGUAAUGCUACAUUAUAUUCAGUUUUUCAUGCUGCUUUCUUCCAUACCAUAUUUGGGCUGUUGAUUACAUGUUGUUUUCUUUGGGGAGUUUUUAGAUGAUUUAUUGUUAGAUAGCUAGGAGUCGUCAAUCAAAUAUGGGUUGUUAAGACUAUGCCAUCAUGUUGUAAUGGCUCAACAACUGUGUCUAGUGUGUUUUCUUCUCUUUCUCUUUCGUUACUGAAUAUUCAAGUUAGGUUUUGGAUAUAUGGGUCAGAUUGAGCACAUUGGGUUGGGGGGGGGGCAACUCCCAACAGAAUAAGAGAAUAAGAGGGAGAAAAGAACAAAUCGAUCAAAAGAAAUAGUUGUAGUUUUUUUGGGUCUAUCAGUCUAUAGGCUUGUAAGAAUUGGUGGGUUAUAUUGAGAAAUUUUAUGAGGAGCGCCCUGAAUAAUCAAUCA